AUGGCUCCCAUAACCUCCCUCCUCCUCCUGCUCCCCAUCUUCCUCGCCUCGCUCAUUUCCGCCCAAAACGCAACCUCUUCCUGCGGCCAACCGCACACGUCCCCCGAGGAGGCCUUCUCCGCCUGCUGCCCGUCCUCCUCGCCCGACACGGGCAACAGCACCCGCCCGCACGUCGGCACCUUUCAGAUCCUCAACGGCCGGGCCUUUUCCUACCGCUGCAACAUCUUCGUCGACCUCGAGGGCGUGCAGGUCGACGCCGUCGGACCGGGCCCUUGCGCCGAAGCCUGCUCGCAGAACCCGGCCUGCGUGUCCGCCGCCUGGGACAUGGGCCGCGCGUGCCCGUGCUACCACUACGUCGCGACGAGCCGCCCGGGCGCCCUGCGCAUCGAUCCGGUAGUCGUGCAGGACAUGCCAGGGCCGCCGCCGCCGCCACAGGACUGCCAGGCCAGCGUCGCGUCCGCGGUGGCGAGCGCACGGGGCGAGGCCGAGACGUCCUACCGAUCGCAGCUGUCGUCGGCGGUCGCAAGCGCCGUGUCCAGCGCGGAGAGCGCGGCGCGGCUCUCGUGCCAGGCCCUGGUACCGCCACCGGACGCCUCGAGUCGCUGCGAGGGCGUCAAGAGCGAAGCAGAGACGUCGUGCCGGACCAUGGUGUCGUUUGCCGUGUCGGGUGCCGUGGCUGGCAUUCAGGAUGUGGCGCGGACAUCCUGCGCGUCGCAACUGUCCUCUGCAGUGUCGAGCGCCCAAGAAGCCGGCCAGACAUCCUGCCAGACUGCCGUCACUGCGGCCGUGGCCAGCGCGCACCAGGCGGCACAGACGUCGUGCCAGUCUCACGCCUCGUCUGCCGUCGCGGCGGCCGUCGCGAGCGCCGAGAGCGCGGCGCAGACGGCCUACCAGUCCCGGGUGUCGUCGGCCGUGGCCAGCGCCGUCACUUCGGCUUCGGCGUCUGCGUCGACAUCGUGCGAGUCCAGGCUUAUCGGUUGGUCCCAAUGGGGACAUGGCUGGAGACAUAGCAUCGUGCGGGUUGUCGAGCGACAAUUCUUCCAUCGCUACAUGGUCUGA